ACAGGGACCAGAGAGAACCAGCCCGAGGCUGCCCGUUUCCUAGCAACUGUUUCCACAGCAACCACGCGGUCAACAACGCUAGGCAGUCUCUGGAGGAGCAGAAUAGGUUCUUCCCGAAAAGGAGUUGCUAUGAAAGGGUCAAAGGGAGAUUAUUAUGCGAAAGAGAAAUUUUAGUUCCUUGUUAAGAGAGCAAGAAAAGAAAAAAGCGGCGAGAAAAGGAUCAGAGACAGUGGGAUAGGGAGUCAAAAGUUGAGUAGUUGUUAAGGAAUCCUCGGUGGCCAUGGACCCACCCUGCACUUCCGAGAGUAUUUAUAACCUCAUACCCAAUGACUCAAGGGAGCCGCCCCAGCCUCCUAGGUAUACAUCAGUGUUUAAACCAGCUGUAAAAGAUGACAUGAAGAAAUUCAAAACUGCAAUGAAAACUAUGGGGCCCGCCAAAGUUGACGUACCUUCCCCAAAGGAUUUUCUAAAGAAACACUCAAAGGAAAAAACACUACCGCCUAAAAAACAGUUUAAUAGAUGUGUUCCCAAGAAGCCUCCAGUGCCCUUGAGGACCGAUCAUCCAGUCAUGGGAAUACAGAGUGGAAAAAACUUCAUAAACACAAAUGCAGCUGACGUCAUCAUGGGCGUGGCCAAAAAGCCCAAGCCAAUUUAUGUUGACAAAAGAACUGGAGACAAGCAUGAUCUUGAGACUUCCGGACUAGUUCCCAAAUACAUCAACAAAAAGGAUUACGGUGUCACACCUGAGUACAUCUGCAAGCGGAAUGAGGAUGUUAAGAAAGCUCAAGAAGAGUAUGAUAACUACAUCCAGGAGAACCUUAAGAAAGCAGCUAUGAAGAGACUUUCUGACGAAGAAAGGGAGGCGGUUCUGCAGCUCCCUACCAAACAGUAUCCAGUGACUUCACAAAACAAGAGGAGACGGUCCAGCAGGAAAGAGUUUUUCUGACCAACGUGGGUACGUAGAAAGUGGAGUAUGAUGGUGCAUGCCUGUAAUCCCCAGGCUCCCGUGCCCACAUGGAAGGCAUCGCUUCAUGGGAAAGAAGCUCAUGGGCAGUUAGCCUGGUACGUACAAGAGGCCCUGUCUCAAACAAGGUAGAAGGCGAGGAUCAAUACCUGAGGUUGUCCUGUGAUGUCCACACAGUCAUCAUAGCACACACGCCCAUACCCGUGCACACCAUAAAAAAAUCUCUUUCUUUCAUUAAUUUCUGUUGAAAAUGGGUUAUAUGCCAUUUCAGAGUCUUAACAUUUAAUUGAUGGCAUCAUAAUCACCAAUAAAAUGUUAUUAGGUAUCUAUUUUGUACACAGUAUUAUUAGCCUGUGCCAUGAAGAUAGCACCAAAGGUAAAGAUCAUUUUUUGUUAUAGAGAAUGCUGUAGUUUGAUGGGUGACUGGGCAGACAGGAAUGUGGGUUUGUGGAUAUUAAGGACGUCCCAAGGUGGUAGUCAGCUCCAAAAGAGAGAGAUGUUGAGUGAAGCCCGAGAGUGCAGAGUGAGAAACACCCAGACACCAGAUGGGGCUAGAGAACAGGGGCGCCUGUGUUGAGGAGGUACCACCAAAGUGCUGGAAGAGGGGGAGGGGCGGUGUCAGGCCGGUCAUCUGGAGAAGCGAGCCUUUUAGCCGCAGCUUCAGGAAGCACGCACCUCUGCAAAAGCCAGGUCAUUAACCUCUGCGUGACGCUGGAAAACGGUAACAGGGAUGGUCUUCCUUAGAGAUUGCAAAGGCUCUUCCCUCCUGUGCCUUGUGGAUGUAGUGGAGAACCCUUAGACUUCCUCUUCUGGUCACCCCAGAACCUCUCUUGGUGCAGCAAUGGCAAAAUGGUGACUCCUUCUCAGAAUGCCCCACUCCGUAGCCAGUUACCAAGCCAACUGCUGUCCUCCAGACCAGACCAGGACCUUUCUUCCCACCCAUUUCAAGGAUGCAGGGUUGUGUGGCACUGCGGGUGUAUGCCCUGAGCUCACCUUCAUAAAAGUCACACCUGGGAGGGACCGUCUCGUCUGAUGAUCCCAAACGCCUCAUUUUACAGAUGAGCAGAGUAAAUGCUGACUCAUCUGUGUGCUCAUCUGGUCCUUCUUUGUGGACAUCCAUGUGUUUAGGGGCAGGAGGAUAACACAGGGUAAGCACAGUCCUUACUCUCGUGAACUCUAACUCUAGUUAUACUUGCCUUAUUAUUAAACAAAAAUAAAAGGUUUGAAAAUCGCGGGGCUGCAUCACCAUGAUACAAAAUUCUAUUGCGUUUCCAUCCCUAGCUGUUGGCUUUGAUCCAAAUACUGCUGUACCUUCUCGGAGUUAAGAGCAAGCUAUCUUUCAGAAAGAAAGCCACAGGAAAAGAUGUGCUUCUGGGACAGCAAGUAAUGUGAAAAUAUUCCCCUACUCUCUUGGAAACCCUUUGAUAUCUGAAAGUGUAUAAAUGUGUACAUUUUCUCCUAGAGGUAGGCACCCUGUGGUGCACUGUGGAAACAUGUUCAGGUUGCGUAAUGAAGGACCAGAGGGAAGCAGAGUCCCUCUGAGAAUGUCUCUUCAGGAUGCAGCUCAUAUGCUAUUAAAAGCAGCACUGACCCAUCUCCCUCUUGGGAGAGUUAAACCUGGGCAACAAUGGCCUCUACCUUUCACCAUCCCCAGAUCUCUGGUUUAAGCUGACUCAACAAAGGCCCAAAUCACCUGUUCCAUUUCCCCAACCAAUGUAUCUUAUGUAGUGUAUCCUAUCUUUUCAUUGCUUUACCUAAAUACAGAAUUAAAUCACUGAAACUCCAUUGUCCCCCAAAGGAUUCUAUUCACUGCGAUGUCCUUGUUAUAUAAGAAACUUCUAACCCUCUUUUCCCCACUUAUUUUGCUUAGCAUGAAUUACACAAAUUAGUGUGGAUCACUGUGACAUUUUUCAUGCACGCACUUAAUGUGCUUUGAUUGUAUCCAACCCUUCAUUGCCUUCUCCUGUCUCCUCUCCCUCCUACUGAUCUCUUUCCCUUUCUAUUUCCUUGUCUUUUUGUUACUGUGGUAGUUUGAAUAUAAUUGGCCCCCAUAAUAUCAUAGGGAGUGGCACUAUUAGGAGGUGUGGUCUUGUUGGAGGAAGUGUGUCACUGUAGGAUGGCAGAAGGGGGACUUGAGAUCCCCUGUGCUCAAGAUAUUACCGAGUUUCUCAGUGUACUUCCUGUUGCCUGCUUAUCAACAUGAAGCAGCUCCUUCUCAGGUACCAAGUUUGCCUGCACACUGCAACACUCCCCGCCAUGACAAUGACGGACUAAACCUCUAAAACUGGGAGCCACCACCUCAAUUAAAUGUUUUCCUUUAUAAGAGUUGCAAUGGUCAUGGUGUCUCUUCCCAGUGAUAGGAACCCUAACUAAGACAGUUACCAGUUUUAAAAAUUAGCAUCAGUGAUGGGGUUCAGUAUGCAUUUCACACACAUGUAGCUUGAUACUCUGUCCUAGCUUGUUCCCUCCCCUAAGUGACCAUACGCUGGCCUGCUCUGGCCAAUCCAUUCUCUCAUAAAUAGCCCUCCCUUGCUUUCAUGUCGCAUGGUUCCAUCAUCCUCUCUUUCUACUGCUUUGCUUGAGAUUUCCUCCUCCCCGCUCAAGACUUCUCUCUGAUCAUAUGACACACACACAUUAGGAUUUUAUCUUUAUGUUCUCUUUAUGAGGGAGAAAAUAUAAUAUUUGUCCCUAAAAGUCUGUACUAUUUCCCUUAAAAUCGCUAUUUUUGAUUGUUAUCCUUUCCUGCAAAUGGAAUGCUUUUCUUUCUUUAAGGCCUGACACACAUGUUGUGCACCCUUACCCAUUUUCCUUAUCUCCUGAUCUGUUGACAGAGAUCUGGGUUUGUUUCCUUUCCUACUUCUUGUGAAUACUGCAUAAAUAAUCAUGGAAAUGCCAUGAUCUCUCCAGUGUGUUGGUUAUGAGUUUGGCUGGUACUUAACCAGGAGUGAUGUAGCAUUUCUAUAGUGACCGUACCGGGUUCAUCGUCCUACAGCAGCUGUAAGAACUCCUCUCCCCACAUCCUCACCAGUCUCUUUUGUCAUUUAUGUUUUUGAUCCAUCCAAAAGGGGUGAGAUGGAAUCUCAAAGAAGUUUUAAUUUGCAUUUCCUUAGUGGCUAAGGAUAUUGAACAUUUUUAAGAUAUUUAUUGGCUAGCGUUUGUAUUUCUUUCUUUGAGAACUAUUUGUUCAGUUUCUUAGCCAAAGUACUGGUUGAUUUGUGAUUGUUUUUGUUCCCCAUUCUGAAGACGAUCUCUUCACUCUGAUGAUUGUUUCCUUUGCCAUGAAGAAACUUUUCACACAUUUUAAAUUUAUCUUGCAUGUAUGGGUGUUUUACCUACAGAGUGUGUGUGUGUGUGUGUGUGUGUAGCUCAUAGAUGUCUGGUGCCCACCAUAACCAGUCAAGUUGUUGAAUCCCCUGGAACUGGAGUUAGAUGGUUAUGAAAUACCAUGUGGGGGUUGUAAAUCAAACUGUGGUCUUCUAGAAGAGUCCUCGCUCCAGACCCUGAAGAAGUUCUUUAAUUUUGUGUUAUAUUGUUUGUCAAUUUGGGGAGUGAUUUCCUGUGCUUUAGAGAAAGCCCUUGACUAUACUGGUGAUUUCAAGUAUUUCACCUGUAUGUUUCUCCAGUCAUUUCAAAGCUUCAAAUUUUACAUUAAGAUCUCUUUGGCCCAUUUUGGAAUUGGUUGUAGCAUUGUGUGAGCAGUUUCAUUCUUCUACACAUGGAAAUUUUAUUUCCUUAGUAUUAUAUUUUAAAGAAACUGUCUCUUUUUAAUGUAUAUUUUAGACACCUUAAUCAAGAAUUAGGUGGUUAUAUCUCUGGGUUUAUUUGUAGAUACUCUAUUCUAUCCCAUCCAUGUGCAUAUCUAUUUUCGUGCCGGUACCAUGCUGGUUUUGUUACUAUAGCUCUGUAACAUAAUCUGAGAUCAGGUAUUGAGAUUCCUCCAACAUUGCUCUUUCUGAUAAGGAUGAUUUUGACUAUUCAAGGCCCUUGAAAAUUGACACUUCUAUGUUCAGAAAUGGAGGCAGGCUCAGUUAAACUAGUGGACUCCCAUUUCUCCCCAGCUUUAUACUGAUGCUAAAUCUCUUUUGAAAAAACUACAGAUAUUCACCAGGUUUGUCUUCACUUUGGCAGGUCUCCUUUCCUUACCAGCAAUCUUUGCUGACCACAGGUAGCUUUUCAUCCUAUGGACUUGGCAGGUCUCACCCUCCAGAUACACCAUGGAUUGUAUCCCUGGGGUGGUUACUGCUCUAGCCAGAGAUGACUCUAGAAUGUGGGCCAUCUUCUAUCUGCCUUGGGAGUGUGAGAAGGAGCUGCAGCACUGAGCUCUGAUCAAGCAGAAACAGUCUUCAUCCUAGCAAGAACUCUAGAGAACUUCUGUCAUGUCGGAGAGAGAUGCAGGUGUAUCGGCCAUUCCCGGAAUGUCAGGUUUCUGGGCUCUCUGGGCGUGAAGGUCAGAAUUCGUGCUCCAGAGGUUGUUGACACUAGGAGCAAUCUGACUUCAGGACUAUGCUGUGUCGAUGAGAUCUGUUCCUGGUCCCCAUGCACUUCCUUGCCCAGCUUCCUGUCACCUACAGCCUGGACUUGUCAGCUUUCAGCCUGCUGCUUUUCACUUCCCACACCUGGGGCUGUGGCAGGCCAAGCUGAAGCCUCAAGGAAGCUUGGUUUUUAAUAGAUGAUUGCUCAAGAUGCUAACUGGCUCCCUGAGUCACCCUGCGUGACACUGUGGGACUUCUCACUGUCUCACCAAAAUCUGCAGCUGGAAUUGCAGCUUGUGAACGCUGCUUUGGGCUUGUCCCCGUGGUGGGACUGCCUGUCUCCUGCAUGGCUCACCUUCAGAAACGGCUCAACUUGGCUUUCUCCUUAUUCUUGAGGCAAUUGUCAUUUUCUCUGCCCCUUUGGGACAUCCUUUUACUUGUUUUGUGAAUUUACAAAGCU